AUGGCCAACCUACGCGGCUACCUGCAAAUGCUCGGCAUGGAGAUCCCAUUGUGCCUCUACAUGCUCAGCUCCUACCUCCAGUAUCCGGUGUUUCAGAAUUUGAUCUACGAGAAGGAGUGCCUCCUGAAAUAUGAUCAGGACCUCGAAUUUUGUCGAAACGUCGCCGGCUACUACAACGAUUCGCAAAUUCAAAGCGCCGCCAAUCAUUUCUAUUUCAUCUCGUCGGUGGUGCUCAUGAUGCCGUCGCUGAUCACCACCCUACUGUUGGGCGCCGCCACCGAUUAUUGGAGCAUCAAAAUCCCGCUAGUCAUCCCGUACAUUGGCUUGAUUCUCGGCACCGUCAACUAUAUCUUCCAAUCAUACUUCAUUCACACCAACGUCUAUUAUCUGCUCAUCAGCGACGCGCUAUUUGGAGUUUGUGGAGGAUUCAUCGCAAUUAUUUCCACCACUUUGACAUAUGGCGUCAAGACGAGCAUGAUCCGACAUCGAAGCUACCGAAUCGCCGGCAUUGAAGGGGCCAUUGGACUCGGCGGCACCAUUGGCUACGCGCUUUCGGGCACAAUUCGAGAAGCGUGUGGCUACGCGGCAACAUUUCUAAUCAUCCUAAUUCUUGAAGUCGUCGCUCUCAUCUAUUUGAUCGCUCUCGCCAAAGAGUCAACAUUUGAGCCGUCGGCGAUGGAGGAGAACACUUCACUCAUCGCCGCCACCGGCAAACAGCUCGUCGGCAUCAUUCGCGACUUCUUCAACGUGUUGACGAAACCGCGAAGCUUCCGCACAAUUCUCAGCAUCAAUCUGCUAGCGUUCGGCGUCGAGCUUCUGAUAUUCUCGGGCCUCAGCGAUAUUCAAUACUCAUACCUUCGUUUCAAAUUGAAAUGGGGCGACAAGAAAUACGGAUGGUUCAGCGGGCUGUCGUACAGUCUCACGACGGCCACCGUGCUCACACUCUACCCAUUGUUGCGAUCGCGCGCCCUCACCGACGGCCAAUUGGCGGCGAUGGGCCUCUUCUUCAAAUUGAGCGCGUUGAUAAUGUUCGCGUUCGUCCAGAGCGACGCGAUGGCGUUUUCGACAACAGCGCUUUUGAUGUUCAACCGAUUCGUUUCCACCGGAUUCCGCGCGUUCUUCUCCAACAUCAUCGACAAUAACGAGCAAGGCAAAAUUUUCUCGGUGCUCGCACUUCUUGAAGGCGUCACCACUCUCGUCGCCACCGCGAUUUACAACAAUGUCUAUCCGAAGACGUUGCUCGUCUUCCCGGGAUUACUGUACGUGAUCAGCGCCGCGCUGCUCGUCAUUCCGCUCAUUGUCAUACUUUCAUCGGAUUUCAUCGUACGAUCGCAUCGAUCUUAUGUCUCGGAAGGCAUCCUCGGCAGCCAUAAUGACGUGAUCGCCGAGCCGUCCAAUUAA